AGUAACCCAAAUACUGCCACAAACACAUCAGAGUUUAGGACCCAGAGCCUUGUUUUAGGCUUACGGGGUGUGACAGCUGACUCAAAAUCAAUGAAGUGUGAUUUACAGAGCGUCAUAAUGAGGCAAGAUAAGGCUCUGAAAUGUGCUGUCUUGCCUUGCAGACUCAAUUGUCCGCCUUGAUUUCUAGCCAGAUUGUUCUAGUCCCCUACUAAGAUGAGCCGGAUUUGCUUAUGAAAAGGAAAGAUCAGAUUUAAAGGAAAAGCCACGGUGGUGCCCAUGCUUUGCCUAACGCUCUUUGUGCUGUGUCUGACCCAUUCAGAUGUAGCUGCCUUCAGUUCAGGCGCUGAGAAUGAGGAUGCGCUCCUCAAGCACUUAUUUCAAGGCUAUCAGAAAUGGGUCCGUCCCGUGGGGAACUCCAAUGACACCAUCAAAGUCCUUUUUGGAUUAAAGAUAUCACAGCUUGUGGAUGUGGAUGAGAAGAAUCAGCUGAUGACAACCAAUGUGUGGCUGAAGCAGGAAUGGAUCGACCACAAGCUCUCCUGGAAUCCAGAGGAAUAUGGAGGGAUCACCUCCAUCCGCGUCCCUUCUGAGUCCCUGUGGCUUCCUGACAUUGUUUUGUUUGAAAAUGCUGAUGGACGUUUUGAAGGAUCCCUGAUGACCAAAGCCAUAGUGAAGUACAAUGGAUUGGUGAUCUGGACACCACCAGCCAGUUACAAGAGCUCCUGCACAAUGGAUGUGACCUUCUUCCCCUUCGACAGGCAGAACUGCUCUAUGAAGUUUGGGUCGUGGACAUAUGAUGGCAGCAUGGUGGACUUGAUUUUAGUGGAUGAAAAUGUAGACAGGAAAGACUUCUUUGAUAAUGGGGAGUGGGAGAUCUUAAAUGCCAAAGGUAUGAAAGGCAACAGGAAGGAUGGGCUGUACUCUUAUCCAUUUGUCACUUACUCCUUUGUGCUGAGACGCCUUCCGCUGUUUUACACUCUUUUUUUAAUAAUCCCUUGCCUGGGAUUGUCUUUUCUAACUGUCCUGGUGUUUUACCUGCCUUCAGAUGAAGGAGAAAAGCUUUCAUUAUCUACAUCAGUUCUUGUCUCCCUCACUGUUUUCCUUUUAGUGAUUGAGGAAAUAAUCCCUUCUUCUUCCAAAGUCAUCCCUCUGAUCGGUGAGUACCUGCUGUUCAUCAUGAUUUUUGUGACCCUAUCCAUCAUUGUGACUGUGUUUGUUAUCAAUGUCCACCACCGGUCCUCAGCAACUUACCAUCCCAUGGCUCCCUGGGUUAAAAGACUCUUCCUCCAGAAGCUGCCCCGGCUGCUCUGCAUGAAGGACCAUUUAGAUCGUUAUUCCUUCUCAGAGACUGAAGAAAAAGAAACCACCUUGAAAUCAAAGCUCCCGGGGAAGCAGAAACACAAGCAAGCAAAAGACGGAGAGAAAAUUGUUAUUGCCUUUCUGGAAAAGGCAGCUGACUCCAUCCGAUACAUUUCCAGGCACGUUAAAAAGGAGCAUUUCAUCAGACAGGUUGUCCAAGACUGGAAAUUCGUAGCUCAAGUCCUGGAUCAGAUUUUCCUGUGGUUAUUUCUGGUAGUGUCAGUGAUGGGUUCAGUUCUCAUCUUUACCCCUGCGUUACAGAUGUGGCUGAACCGCACUUUGUAGAAAAUGCUCACACAGCAGCGUAUAACAACCACA